CAGAUAUAAUUUCCCAGUUGUAAAGAUUUUCUCUUGCAUUCCCUCCAAAUCGACGUUUCCAAGCAGAGUAUAAAAGCCCCCUUCCCACUCUCAAAACCAUUUCCAUCGCUUUGUUCCCGCCCUUUAACCCUAGCCAAUCCAGAUCCUCCAAAAGAACAACCGGCAAUGAAGAUAACAGCAGAAAGCAAGAAAUUUCCUACAAUGUGAAUCUGGAGUCAGAAAGCAAGAAACUUGUACACUGUGAAUCUGGAGUCUGUUCUUUGAGCAUGUUUUAGGGGGGGAGUAAGACCUAAUAUUUUAGUUGUUCACUCACUCACUCUCUGAUUUUUUUUUUUUUUUUUUUCACGAAUUGUUAUUAGUUUUAGGUCACUAUCUUCGCAUGGGGGAAAUCUUCGUUUGAUUUGUCUAAAAGGGCCUAUUUGUAAGUUAGUGAGUGUGCGAGAGAGAGAGAGAGAGAGAGAGAGAGAGAGAUGAAACAAUCACAUCUAGGUUCUGGAGGAGCAGCAGAAGCAGUACUAAACCUGCAACCAAACUCGUCAAUCUCUAUUGCAUAUCACCCUGUCUUUGGUCCUCACAGUGACCUGAUUCUCCUUGAGCUUGAUGAGAAGCUCCUCCCAGAUGUUCUCCACCAAAGGGUUACCUUAAGAGGACAGCCAGAUGAAGAGGCAGUUCUUUGCACCCAGUCUAAAACUUACGCCAUUAAGUUUGUUGGAACCUCUAACUCUGUAUUACUUAUACCUCCCACAGAUCAAUCAGCAUUUUUUGAAAAUCCACAAGAUUGUGAUGAGAUUCAUGACAAAGAUCAUGAUGAGAAAGUAGUUGCAUCUGUCAUCAAAGCGGCACCAGGUUACAUGGAGCUUGUUGAGGUUGCUCCCAAAAUUGACAAGCUUAAAUUGCUUCUCUCCGAGAAUCCUUAUAGGUUUGAUGAGGUUUCAGAAAUGGAGGAAUUGGAGGCAAUGGAAAUGGAUAUUAAAGGUUUGUACACAUGGAAUGAUCUUAUUAGCAGGGUACAAGCUAGUGAUGAAGAACUGCGGUCUGGAUUACGAGCUCUUUCGGCGGUGGAGAUUGAUGGAUAUUGGAGAAUUUUGGACCAGUAUUACACGGACAGAAUUCUGAAUAUUUUUUUGCAUAAUUCUGUUUUGAAUGACUGGUCCUUGAAUGCACUUAAUGAAGAUGAAGUCGUGGGUGUGAUGACAUCAGACGGGUUUCCUCACAGAAUUGUGCUGCACUUUUUGCAAGUUUAUGGUAGUAGGGUGGAUGAGGGCAUGGGCAAAAGUUGUAUCUGGAGGCUGGAUGAGAAGCGGGUUUGUGUGCAUAUUGCCAGAGGAAUCUUGAGAGGAGGGAAGAUGAAGUUGGACAAUUUCAUGGUGGAGUGGAUUAAAAAAAUACCAGAAGGUAUGCUGGCUGAUUUCGACAUGCUAGAAGGGGAAGUUUUGACUGAGAAACUUGGGAUUGAGACUAGGGUUCGUAGCUUCAGCGUUUCUUCACUGCCCUCUGCCCCAGCUGAACGUUUUUCCAUGCUAUUUCGAGAGAGGCCAAAAUGGGAGUGGAAGGACCUUCAGCCAUAUAUCAGGGAUCUAAGUGUGCCAGGUCUUUCUUCGGAAGGUUUGCUUCUCAAAUACACUCGAAGAACACAGCCAACCCUAGAUGCAGAACCUGUUUUUACUGCAAGAUAGUCUGGAAACCCAUCUCAUAUAAUUUAUAUCCACUGUCUCCCGCAUUGCUUUAAAUGGUUAAAGCAUAAAGGAUAUACUGGCUUGCUCUGAAAUGUUACUGUUCCAGCUUAUAGUCGAUGCGUACUGUUUUGAUUGAUAUGGUUGUUAAAUUUAAAGCUAGAACAUCUAUGAAAGAGCAUUUGAAGCUUUUCUCACC